UCGCUGUAUAAAUACGAGUUACAUGCAAAAACUAAACACCGACAAAGGACUUACAUUCACCAGAGAAAGCAUGAUGUUACCUCUGUUGAUCUUUGUGACUUUGUCCGCGUCAGCCUUAGGCGCUGAUGUUGGCUGCAGCCAUACCAGUAAAGGUCAGCCGGGGCAGUGCGUGAAGAAAGGUUGUUGUAACUAUGACUUCCAGGAGACCUCCAGCAGUCUGUGUAAUGGGGCGGGAGAGACGUGCUGCUACCGGGGAGAGAAACCCAGCUGCAGUGGUGGUGGAUCCGGAGGUUGUUCCGACAUUGAGUUCGUUAGCCGAUCCUCAUGGGGUGCACGUGCUGGGCGUGGCUUAAGUCUUAUGCACACCCCGGUUUAUGACGUGUUUAUCCACCACACGGAAAGUGCCGAGUGUCACGACAAGGCCUCGUGCUCGGCUCGGGUCCGUGGUUUCCAGGAUUACCACAUGGACAAUAAUGGAUGGAGUGACAUCGGAUACAACUUUCUGAUUGGAGGAGAUGGACGAGUGUAUAUAGGGCGUGAUUGGGAUCAUAUCGGGGCACAUACCUAUGGCUAUAACAGUAAAGCCGUUGCCUUCUCUCUGAUUGGCUCUUUUAUGAACAAGACGCCCAGCAGUACAAUGCUGAACACUGUCCACAAACUUCUCGCUUGUGGCAUUUCUAAGGGAAAGAUCGCCUCUAGUUACGGACUGUAUGGUCACCGUGACGUAAACAGUACGGACUGCCCGGGGGAUGCUCUGUACAAUCUACUUAAGGGAUGGAGCAGAUGGCACGCUAGGGGGACACUACCAAGAACCAGCAAGAAAUAAACGUAUUAUAAACGAUCUUGUUCUACAGGCUUCUCAUCGUAAUAAAAAUGUAUGAAACAAUUUCAAAAUAAAACGUG